AAGUCGAAAUUGAGAGGAGAGAGAAAUGGAUAGGAUGUUUUCAGUGGACGAUAUUGCGGGCCACUUUUGGUCGCCAUCGCCGGCCGCCGCCGGUGCCGCCGAUGAAGAUGAGUCAUCGUCUUCAUCAUCCGCAUCGAAGAACAAGUCAACGCCGGCGAUGAUGAAUCGCAGCAUGUCUGAGUGGGCAUUCCAACGCUUCCUCCAAGAGGCAUCUGCACCACCGGAAUCUUCGUCUUCUAGGCCCAACGAUGUAGUCGAGAUCAAGGAUCAAGAUGAGGUUCAAGACAAAAAUCAGCCAAUUGCCACCACCACUGCUACUUUGAAGAACAACGAGAGCGGGAGAACGACCGGCAGUGCCAGUGGUGGUGGUGCAGCAGCAGCUGCGACGACGUCGUUUGGUGCUUCUGUAGUUGGCGGACCUCCCAACGUUCCUAUUGAUUCGGAGGAGUACCAGGAUUACCUCAAAAAUCGUCUUAACCUCGCUUGCGCAGCUGUUGCUUUGACUAGGGCAUCUUCUGCAAAACCUCAAGAUUUUGCUGCUUUACUUGACAAUGGAUCACAGGCCUCCAACACCUCGCAGUUGGGAUACCAGGCUCCUGCUAAAGUGUCAGGGUUUGAUCUCAAGGGACCAGGUAAGGAUGGUGGGGGACCUAUUGGAAUCCCUUCCUUGCAGGGUAUACAAAAGAAGCCUGCAAUCCCAGUGAAAUCAGCAACAAGUGGGUCAUCACGAGAACUAUCGGAUGAUGAUGAGCUUGAUGGAGAUACAGAAACAACUCAGAAUAUGGACCCCACAGAUGCAAAACGUGUUAGAAGGAUGCUAUCGAACAGAGAAUCUGCUAGACGUUCAAGAAGGAGAAAGCAGGCCCAUUUGACCGAGCUUGAGACACAAGUUUCUCAAUUAAGGGUUGAAAAUUCUUCGCUACUGAAGCGUCUUACUGACAUAAGCCAAAAGUACAAUGAAGCUGCUGUUGAUAAUAGAGUGCUGAAAGCUGAUGUUGAAACAAUGAGAGCGAAGGUUAAGAUGGCCGAAGAAAGCGUCAAAAGAAUUACCGGCUUUAAUCCAAUGGUCCAAGCCAUGUCGGAUUUAUCAACAAUGGGACCCAUGCCAUCAUAUUCUUGUAGCCCAUCUGAUGCAUCCGCGGAUGCUGCUGUUUCUCAAGACGACAUGAAACAACAACACUUCUACCAGGGCCAACCUCCUCCUCCACCUACCACCACCAACCACCACAUCCCCGCCACGCGACCACCGCCACAAAACAUGGUAAACCUGCCGCCGGUCGAAAACGUUCAACAACACAAUCCCGUGAUGUCGGAAGUCGGGAAUCAGAAGAUGAAUAGAACAGCAUCAAUGCAACGUGUGGCGAGCUUGGAACAUUUACAGAAACGGUUUCGUGGGGACGUUGGAUCGUCUUGUGGGACCACCACCCAGGGCAGCACCGGGGACCGCUAGCAGAAUCUAUCGAAAGAAAGUGGCUUAAUCGGAGAGCCUAAUUUUGGAGUCUCUUUUUUGGUGUCAAAAAUCAGUUGGUUUUCUCUGGUAUUUGAAUUGUGCAUAUUUCUUCCUCUAUUGGGAUGUCUUUGUUCUUAAUCGGACAAUUGAAACAUGGAAUUUGAACCAAUUUGAUGGAUUUCGUAUGUUUCCAAACACUUCUUUUUAUGUUUUACGAUUUUUUCC